UUGCCCCGACAUAUAUAGGUAAAAGGGCCGCUAGAGCUUGGAAGAACCAGGCAGGUGAAAAUGCCGGAACAACCACGACGUCAUCGGAUGUGAAAGAGGAGGAGGUAGAGUGGGAGAUGAGACCAGGUGGGAUGCUGGUGCAGAAAAGAAGUGAGAAUUGUUCAGAUUUUGCAGCCAUGGUUCCACGUUUUCGCGUUAGAGUGGUUUUUGGCGCAAUGCGCUAUGAGAUCUCUAUCAGCUCUCAAGCAACAUUUGGAGAAUUGAAGAAGCUCCUUACAGCAGACAGUGGGUUACAACCUGGCGAACAAAGGCUAAUAUACAGAGGAAAAGAGAGACAAAAUGGAGACUAUUUGGACAGAUGCGGAGUCAAAGACCACUCAAAAGUCAUACUAAUAGAGGAUCCAGAAUUUAGAGAGAGGAGGUUGAUUGAGAUGCGUAGGAAUGCGAAGAUCCAGGCCGCUCAUCGCUUGAUUGAUGACGUACUCAUGGAGGUUGAUAAGCUGGCGGAACAGGUUUGUGCAAUAGAAAAAUCAAUUACACGUGGGAAUAAGGUACCAGAAUUACAGAUCACUACACUUAUUGAGAUGUUAAUGAGACAAGCUGUCAAGCUUGAUAUUAUUUCUGCAGAAGGAGAUGCAUGUGAGAAGAAAUCUUUGCAGGGAAAGAGAGUGGAGAAGUGUGUUGAAACACUUGAUGUGCUCAAGCUCUCGAAUGCAAGGAUAAAACCUGUUAUCGUAACAACCAAUUGGGAGACAUUUGAUCCUCCUCAAGCAAUAGCCAAAUGGGAACUAUUUGAUUGAUCUUUUAGCCCCUCUAUCUUAUUAGUCUAUUUGGGCCAAAUGCUUAGCACCACAGCUAAAAGAGCCAGUGGCCCUCUACGUGUUCCGCAUACCUCUACCAAAUUGUCAAGAAUUGUUCUUACACUACAAAUUCAUCAACAAUAUUUUGUUGAAAAGUGGCUAUAAAAUUAGAGAUUCUGUUGACAAGAAAAA